UAUGCUCGCAAAGAUAUAUGUCCAUAACGUUUGGGAAAGCCACAUAUGUUAUAUGUGUCUGUUCAAACAUAAUAUUUUUGAAGUAAUUUUAAGUUUUUAAGUGUUUGUAAAGGAUGAUUAUAAUAAGAUAUUUAUUAAUAAACAUUUAAAAGAAACAUUUUAACAUCAAAGACCGCAAUAGGUAUAUACCAAUCAGCUGAGUUGAUGCAUGUACACAAUAGCAGUGAGUUUUUUAACUUACAAAAAAGCCAAAAUGUCAAGAGAAUAUGCAGUGUUUUUUCGCAAAGAUCUUUUAUAAACGAGUCUUUUCAAUUCAGAAGUUCACAAGUCUGGUAAUUAAAAGGUUUUUCUUUCUCAAACAACAGUUUGUAACAAUACUGUUGAAAACAGCUGGAAAAUAAUCACUUUUGGUGGUUUUUUGGAAAAGUUGAAGAAAGAUUCAAGAUUGAUGGUUCUUGUGUUGAUUAUGCAAGAUCACGUCUUAUUGUUGAUACUAAUAUCCUUGGCAUCAUGUGAAAAUUUAAAUAUCGAUACCCCUUACCAUGAUGUAAGUACUUAUAACUCGGAUUCCAUACGUGAGGGGCGGUUUCCUACCAACGAGAGGCAGAAUGGUAAGAGUGUACGCGAUUGCCAUAACGACCGACCUCAAUCUGGAAGAUUACUGCUGUCAAGUUUUAAUAAACUCAAGCCAAAGUUACUAAAAGUGAAAGCCAUAUUUAAGAAGAUAAAUUCGGCAAGAAACAUUAAAAAAAAACUUAGCGAUGCCACUUUUGCGCCUACAACCACAUGCAUGAGCAUUAUGAAACAACGAUCAACGUACCAUUUGCCCUUUACACGAAUUAUAUUACCAUCUGUGGAUAAACAAAUCUCUACAGGAAAUAAAAUUAUCAAAGAAACAAAUGAAAACAAAUUCAGUGAUCCUUUACUAGUAAUACUAAGACGCACUAUCAUUAAAAGCAAGAAACUUAUGCUUCAAGCUACCAGCAAAACUGUUGUAAUACAUGGUGGCAUCAAAUCAAUUAAAACACAACUCGUCACGAAACAACCCCAGUCUACAAAAUACAAACCAACCAAAAAAUCCACCACCAUGACUAAUAAAGAAAAUUGUCAACGCAUAGGGCGUAACAAACGCCCACCACGAAGCUGUUAUGAGGGCGUUUUUGCAUCACUUUAUAAUCAGUUAUACGACGAUGUCAAACGACCACGUGUUUUCUCUCAAGCACAUAUGAAAAGCGUGGUGAAGGUAGUCAAGGAAGAAAAUCUAACAGAUACUCAAUUGAUUAUGAUAACUGAUCUUAUCAAUGUAGAAGCAAAGACCCCAAAAUAUCAGGACGUCCUUGAUCUUUGCAAUGAAGUUAUAGAUGACAAGAACAUUGAAGAGAUGAAAGUUUUGAACGAGUUGAUUCCAGUUGGUAUAAGGUUACUGAAUGAUAUCGAGGUUAUUAUAUCAAGUGGAUUGGAUGAUGUCGAUCGCUCAUCUUCAGUCGAAAAAUAUUUGAAAAAUAUCGUCUAUCAAGGUGUUAAAAUGUCUCCAAACAACACCAUGACGUUUUCGGAUGAGCUUGCAAAUGACGAUCAAGAUCAAAUCAGCAUUAGAAAUCAUUCAGCGAAAGGAAAUAUCAUAUUUAGCACUGUAGUUAUAAAGAAUAUCAACAAGUUAUUACCAGUAAAUGUGAAAAAUAAAAGUGUUGGAUCCAACAACAGCUUUAUCAAUAGCAACAUCAUCUCAGGAACCUUAUACACAGCUAACAGUAAGAAAGAAAUCACAAAAGAUAUUGUAUCAGUGAUCACAUUGAGACAUUUGAAGACUGAUGUAGAGUACAAACAAAUUCCUGUAUUCUGGCAAAUCUUGAACAGCACUUCUGGAACUUGGUCAACUUCCGGAUGCAAAGUUUUAACUUCCUCAGCUAAUGCUACGACUUUUACGUGCAAUCAUUUGACAAACUUUGCUAUUCUCGUCACUGGAGAGUUAACGAGUGCUGAAGAUGACAUAAUUUUGUCUUACAUAACAACAAUUGGGCUCAUCAUAUCCAUAUUUUGUGAGCUUGUUAGUAUAGCUGUUAUGAUUUACAUCAGACAGCUGACGACACGAAGGAAAUUAAUUCUCAAUUUGCUUGUCAACAUGUUGCUUGCACACAUUCUGUUCGUCUCACUGGUUGAAAAAGCUAAAGUGACUGUGGCGUUAUGUGCAAUUGUGGCCCUUGGUACGUCGUUUUGGUACACAUGUUCUUUUAUGUGGAUGCUCAACAUCGGAAUACAUUUGGUGUUUUCCGUUACUACCAGACUCAUGUCGAAAAGAAGAAGGCUGUUGUAUUUUUAUUGCGUUGGAUAUGGAAUUCCAGUAGCAUUGCAAAUAAUUGGCUUGAGUUACACGAAAGGAAAAGGAUUUGGCACCAAGCACCAUUGCUGGUUAAGUGAUGAGGCUCUGUGGAUAUUUGUCAUCCCUGUUGCAACUGUCGUAGCUACCAAUUUUGGUAUUAGCAUGUACGUAUUGCGUCGAUUAUAUGGCACAAAAGUGAUGGAGAAUGCAAAGAAUAUUAUCAAGGCUAAAAAGUUACUUCGAGCCUUGGUUGUUCUUACACCUUCGCUUGGAUUAACCUGGUUGGUUGGAAUUUUUGUGUCAAUAUUUCCAAAGAAUCGUCCCUUGCAAUAUGUAUUCGCUCUGUUCUCUACCAAUCAGGGUGUAUGGAUAUUUAUAUGUUGCAUGAUCAUGGACAAAAAGAUACGAACGGAUCUUCAUCGCCGAUUUACCCCGCGAAACAGAAGUUCACAAAGAACAUGACAACGCGCUAUCAUUGUUAUCAAGAUUAAUUAAUCACGGGCAUAGUUUAUGGCGGUUUUGUAUUGUAUUGUAUUUUGCUCAUAUUACCUUUCUUAGUGAGGACGGGGGAGGGGGAGGAUGCGGGGGACGUGGUUGAGAAUAUACCAUACAAGAAUUUUGUCAGUAAGAAAUUCAGUUUUUUUGCCUUUAUAUCUAUGAAAAUCUCCAGAAAACCUCUUUGUUUUCAAGAAUUCGAAGCACAUUUUAAAUAGUAAAAAUUAAGGCCUUCUUGAAGGACAGAUAAUUUUGAAACACACAAUUUUUUAAGUGCCUUUCGGUUAUUUUUCUUAUAAAAAUAUUGCAUAUCACAUUUUCCCUAGGAUCUAUUCCCUGGAGCAGGUAAUUACGGCCGUCACCAAGUUUAUCAUAAAGACAAAAAUUCGCUGGCAAUAAGAGUGCGUUAUAUCAAUUGGCAUUUGUAAUCAUAUUCAAUACUAAAUAAACUACAAUAUUUAUCUUGUUUUGUGCCCAGUUUAACAAAUUUCAUGUUUUUUAUUACAUCAAUAAAACAAUAUAAAAAAAAAUUGAUUUAAAAA